CAAAUUUCACCAAUCUGACGGCAUCUGCAGUUGCCAUGGGCCUUAGCGCAGAAUUGUUCCCUGCUACUCGACGCAGUGGUAUUGAGCCUGACAGGAGUAGCAGGGUCCCGCAGACACCUAAAUUGAAAGGACAGACGAAUUCAACGAAAGCUACUUCAACUCCAAAAAGUGUCAACGUUGCAAAGAUUCUUGCAGCUGCGCGUAGUGAAAGGGACGGGUUAGUUCCUGACAAGGUUUGUGUUUAUCGCUCCGUUUGUGCUGUCGCAUUGUUUUCGUCGUUGCCAUUAGCAGCCAACUGAAGUGGAAUGACACAGGUGAAGGAAGCACUACCAAUCAUCUCUUUCGAGAAAGCGAUCAAUAAGGACUGCAUUACAGAAGUUGUGAAAGGCACGGUCGAGCAUCCUGCUGUUCCCCUGUCAGACUCGGCGCCAGCAGCUUCACAACUACAACUCAGCCAUCCAGAAGAAGUCAAAUCAACGAAUGACAUUCAGGCAGGCGUGAGAGACAUUCCAGCUCUAAUCUCAGACCGUGGAAUGGCACAUAACAGUCCUGUCCCUUCUCAGGUGGUUGAAGGUUCAGAAGUCAAGUCCAGCAGCAAUCUUACCACAAAGAAUACUGUGCUCGCCUUUCUUCAGAGAGUUGAAGAGGCGACAGUAUGUCACCCUGACAAGUCAGCUGAACUCUACCAUGCACUGUGUGGAGAGUUCCAGUUGGCUGAUCGAUCAGCAGAGAAGCUGAGGCUUCUGGUGAAGGCUUUGAACAAGCUACUCCAGACACCAUAUACCGGUACCAAAUCCAAACCAGCCAACCAUGUCAGGUUGUACCUGAUUGGCGUGAUGGUGUGUCUUCUUGUGCUCCUUCCAGCGACCUUGUUCCUCUUCAGCGGGUCAUCAGAGGUCGUUGAUGACAUUCUGGUGCCUACAUAAGCGUCUCCAUCUGACAAUUGGUUGACAUUGACA